AUGGACUUUGGUAUUGUCGGCGCGGGUGUUCAAGUUGCAGAAGAUGCCGAUGAUUUUGGAAAUCUAGGCAAAACACAUCGCCUGAGGAAAGAAAUCAGGGAGAAGACCAGCAAGACACUUCGUGGCCGUCCGGCCUACACGCUUUUCUUGCAAAUUUACCAGCUUAUCCUCUGGAAACAAUGUCAUGCCUUGGUUAAUGAACAUGGUUUCCCAGAGGAACUUGAGGUUGUUGUUCGCGAUCUCUGGGCUCUUCGUUUGCAAGAUUUCGAAAUGAGACUCACUGAUGCUACUGAAGAUGACGGUGAUGAUACCGAAUCUGAGCUAUUUAGCUCACAACCUGCAGGGAAAGAGGAAUCCCGUGAUGGAUUUAGACCAAACUCGAGAUAUCUCGAAUGGCCUCGACUGAUUGAUUCUGUUGCACUUUGUUAUCUCGCAGCGUUUUUGAUGCGGCUUCCUGUCAGUGUCAUUGAUUUUUACGAUAUGAUAAUGCGGCAGAAGAUUCCCUACGCUCGAGUCCUGGCAACAAUCCCUCGGGAAAUGAGGGAAAGGCUUCCGCCAGAGCUGACUGCGAUCCUUGAAGUCAAUACGAUACCUAAUGCCGAGCGUUUCCACCGUGGCAUUCUAGCAAUAGUGCUGUUCUAUCAGCGCCGAUUUGAAUUGGAACUUCCUGCAUUGAAUUCGCCCAUGGUCCUUUUCCGGCACAUCAAGAGAUUAGCUUUACCAAUUGAAGUAUAUGAUGCAACUAGGAUCUUACAAGAUCUACUAGGCUUCACAUUUCAAUAUCCGACAACAACUUCAUCCGAUGGCCGAAAAACAGCACUUCUUCUUCCCGACUUGCAAUUGAUGGUCCUAAUCGUCAUUUCUACGAAACUACUUUUCCCAAUCGAUGAUUUGAAAAGGUAUCCUACUACAGCUAAAGAGCCCGCUGCGCAGGUCAUGGACUGGACCCACUGGGCACGCGCCCAGAAUAAUUUCGAUCAUGAUCAGCCGUUUGGGGGGAAGAUUGGGAAAAAUACUGCCAUUCAGAUUACAGACCAAGAUGUGUUGAACAUGACCUCUGCCCAGUUAGACCAUUACAUGGACUGGUACGAAAGCAGUUGGCUGGACACUUCUAAGGAACCUAAUCGCAUCGCCGAAUUGUUUCCCAUCAGUCGGACAGAACAAAAUAUCCAACCAACCUCUCCCGCUGGCCCAGAACCAUCCUCUACUUCUGUUCCAGCUGAUCCAGCACUUCCUCCUGGCUCUCUUGACCCUGCUGCCCCGGAAUUAUCCUCUACUUCUGCCCCUGCCCUUCGUGAUGCGACUCAAGACAAGCUCGAGCUUUUACUACGAACAGUCAUGCAAACUCUCAGAGCCAGAAGAGUCAUCCCUGACGACGAUGAGACCGAUCACAGGCGUCCCGGCGAGUGGUAUCACCGGUAUCGAUGGGAAUCACAUCUCAGUGGCCCCGCACGGACUCUUUAUGAGCUAGCAGCACAGCUCGCUGCAGUCCCAUUGAAAACCUUUGUCCGUGCUGUCACAGUUGUUGAGUUUAGGAUCGCAAAGCAGGAUGAAGAGCGACAGAACAGAGAGUACUUCGCUAGUUUGGGAACGGAAGGAAUGGACACUGACGAAAGCGAUGAAGAUCACACGUAUAAAAUAGCUGAUUUUGAAGAGGAUAUGUCUGAUGCGGAGUCCGAAGAUAUGGACGACGAUGAUUUCUUGUCCAACUCAAAGAUGUGCUCCGCCUGGAACACAGCGACCGACAGCCGACAACAACGAAAACUCGCAACCACUAACAUCGUCUUUUUCCGCGCCGUUUCAGUGCAGAUUUUCGUCAAGACCCUGACGGGUAAGACCAUUACCCUCGAUGUCGAGUCGAGCGACACCAUCGACAACGUCAAGACCAAGAUCCAGGAUAAGGAGGGCAUUCCCCCUGACCAGCAGCGCCUGAUCUUCGCCGGAAAGCAGCUCGAGGAUGGCCGCACCCUGAGCGACUACAACAUCCAGAAGGAGUCCACCCUUCACCUUGUCCUGCGUCUCCGUGGUGGUAUCAUUGAGCCUUCCCUCAAGGCCCUUGCCUCCAAGUUCAACUGCGACAAGGCCAUCUGCCGCAAGUGCUACGCUCGUCUCCCUCCCCGUGCCACCAACUGCCGCAAGAAGAAGUGCGGACACACCAACCAGCUCCGCCCCAAGAAGAAGCUCAAAUAG